AUGACUUGGUGCAAUGACCGUAGCGAUGUUCAGACCGUUGAAAGAAUCAUUCCAUCACCGACAGCGGCUGAGUCUCCCGUAGCCUCAUUUCCGGUCUCUUGUCACAAAACCUGUCCUUCUUGUGGCCAUAACUUCAAGUUUCAUGAACAGGCGGGAAUCCAUGACUUGCCAGGGCUGCCUGCCGGAGUGAAAUUUGAUCCGACGGAUCAAGAAGUAUUGGAACAUCUUGAAGCGAAGGUGAGAGACGACGCAAGAAAGCUUCAUCCUCUCAUCGAUGAGUUUAUUCGUACCAUUGAUGGUGAAAAUGGCAUCUGUUAUACCCAUCCUGAGAAACUGCCAGGAGUGAGCAAGGACGGGACGGUCCGUCAUUUCUUCCACCGACCGUCAAAGGCAUACACGACGGGAACAAGAAAGAGACGUAAAGUGCACACCGAUUCCGAAGUCGGUGGCGAGACACGGUGGCACAAGACCGGCAAAACACGGCCAGUUCUCUCCGGAGGGAGAGUGAGAGGCUACAAGAAAAUCCUAGUGCUCUACACAAACUACGGCAAGCAAAAAAAACCCGAGAAGACUAAUUGGGUAAUGCAUCAGUAUCAUCUUGGCACAAACGAAGAAGAGAAAGAAGGCGAGCUCGUCGUCUCCAAAGUCUUCUACCAGACUCAACCACGCCAAUGCGGUGGCUCACUUGCUGCCGCAGCCACCGCAAAAGAGCGGCCUUACCUCCACGCCCACCACCUCGGUAGUAACGGUGGUCGCCACCUUCACUACCAUCUUCAUCAUAACAAUGGUAACGUUAAGAGCACUGGCGGUGGUGGAUCCGCCGGAGCCGGUGAGUAUUAUAGCAAUAUUCCGGCGAUCAUCUCGUUUACUCAGACCGGGAUACAGAACCAUUUGAUUCAUGACUCUCAACCUUUUAUCCCUUAA